AUGGCCGGAUCGGGCCUCUCAGUCGCAGUUCCCAACCUAAUGAUAGAGUACCGCCGACCCGAGUCGAGUGUCGUGCAGCUGCUUACUUAUAGCUUCCUAUUCUUGAGCAUCGGCAACCUCUUCUGGGUGCCUCUCGCGGCAAAAUUCGGCAAACGCGCUGCUCUGCUUGUGUCAAUGGCGCUCCAAGCGGGUGCACUGGUGUGGUGCGCGACUGCCACCAGCUUCUCCAUCACGGUCGCGGGCGCGCUGCCGCUUUAUCUCUGUGGGAGGCGGCGGGUGGAGUAG